UGUGCCUCCACUACCUCUCACGAAUUGCCGAGCCGAGUUCUCAGCGAGCACCUAAUCGCAGGAUACAGUGAAACUACAGCGCUCUCCAGAAAUCACCCACAUACCUUCACCGAGAGCCCCACGACAGCGCUCGCAACCCCGCUAGCCCCUCGUCUCCACCACCACACAAGCAGCAGCAGCCGCAAUCAUGGUCAAAGAGACCAAGUUCUACGAGAUUCUAGGCGUAGCGCCAGAUGCCACAGAGGCGCAACUAAAGUCUGCGUACAAGAAGGGAGCGCUCAAGUGGCACCCCGAUAAGAACGCGCACAACCCAGACGCCGCCGACAAGUUCAAGGACCUCUCACACGCAUACGAAGUGCUCUCGGACGGGCAGAGACGACAGAUCUACGACCAGUAUGGCGAGGAGGGUCUCGAGCAGGGUGGCGCAGGCGGCGGUGGCGGCAUGGCAGCAGAAGACCUGUUCGCGCAGUUUUUCGGCGGCGGCGGCGGCCCAUUCGGAGGCAUGUUUGGCGGCGGUGGCCAGCGGGAACAGGGCCCAAAGAAGGCGCGCACCAUCUCGCACGUCCACAAAGUGUCGCUCGAGGAUAUCUACCGCGGCAAGGUCUCGAAGCUGGCUCUGCAGAAGUCAGUCAUCUGCCCCAAGUGCCACGGCGUUGGCGGCAAAGAGGGCGCUGUCAAGAAGUGUGCCGGCUGCGAUGGACGCGGUAUGAAGCACAUGAUGAGGCAAAUGGGCCCUAUGAUCCAGCGCUUCCAGACCGUCUGCCCCGACUGCCAGGGAGAGGGAGAAAUCAUCCGCGACAAGGACAGGUGCAAACAGUGCAACGGCAAGAAGACCAUUAUCGAGCGCAAGGUCCUCCACGUCCACGUCGACCGCGGUGUCAAGUCUGGCCACAAGAUCGAGUUCCGUGGCGAGGGCGACCAGCUUCCUGGCGUGGAGCCGGGUGAUGUCGUCUUCGAGAUUGAGCAGAAGCCCCACACCCGUUUCCAGCGCAAGGACGACGACCUCUUCUACCAGUGCGAGAUUGACUUGCUGACUGCUCUCGCGGGCGGCCAAAUUCACAUUGAGCACCUGGAUGAGCGAUGGUUGACCGUCGACAUCAUCCCAGGCGAGUGCAUCAGCCCCGGCGAGGUCAAGGUCAUCCGCGGGCAGGGUAUGCCCUCGUACCGACACCACGACUUCGGCAACCUGUACAUCCAGUUCGACGUCAAGUUCCCCGACAAGCUGGGCAACGCUGAGGGCGGCCCAUUGACACCCGAGCAGAUCCGUGCCCUCGAGUCUGUUCUGCCGCCGCGCAAGGUCUCCGACUCCAUGCCGCCCGCAGACGCCAUGACUGAUGACUUCACGCUCGAAGACGUCGACCCCACACGGGAGAACCAGCGCGCCCGAGGCAUGGGAGCCAUGGAUGACGACGAUGACGAGAUGCACCCAGGUGCUGAGCGCGUACAGUGCGCGUCGCAGUAAACGCAUACAGAACAUCGAGGUUGGGGCAUGAUUGAUGAUACACAUGGGGUACGAAGGCACGAAGACACGCAUGGAUACCAAAAGUGGUUGUGGGCGUCGUAGCUUCUGGAGACGUUUGCGUUUGCAUUGGGGAUAUGUGUUCCAAACAGCUCGGCUCGCGUGAAGCCUGGACCCGAGGAUUCUCGCGGCAUCGAAGCAUUCAUUGUCUUUUCGAUUUUUCAUCUAGAUCGGCAGCGGUGGGUUUCCUUCGAUUCUCGCGCUGAGGAACGUCAUCUCUAUGCUUUCUUGUUUUUUUCCAGUGCGAGUCAAGGGAGGGGAGGGGCGUUCUUUUAGAAAGGGUAGUCUUCUGUCUGCUAUUGGGGAUGGUUAGUAGAAAAUG